AUGAAUUGUAAAUCUAGUGGUUUCCUCAGAAUAAUUGCUACUCCAAGAACUCUUCUCUUGUGCUGCUGGUAUCAGGGGUGUCUUCAGAUUAUGGAGGCUCUGGAGAAAUUUCCAGAGCUGGAAAAAAGAUCUGAAUAUUUCAUAAAAAUCUCUCUUCAGAUCAAGAAUCAGUUUGAUAGCAAGAAAGCUGUAAUAGCCCAGUGGCUUCCUGACAUUUCUCCCCAGGAAGCCAAUAACAUCAAAAGGCUUCAAACAGAAGAUGAGCGUAUAAGUAACAGCCUCUACAACUCGUUGAACAAACUUCAGUACUUGUUUAGCUGCUUGUGCGACAAAAGAAAGGAAUACUACACAAACGUCAGCAAGUACACAAGGGAGCUGCUUGAUGAGCGAAAAAAUCAACAUGCACAGCGAAUGCAAAUUCAGGAACUCGGAAAGCCUCACUUGAAACAGCAGGGACCUGGAUCGCAGCAGCCUGGUCUCUCUGAACUGAUGCAGAGCUUGGAUGGUCUCACUGAGCAAAUGUCAAAAGAAGUUUCUGAAAUGGAAGAAGAACUCGGUAGCACAGAGGUUACGUUACAAGAGUUGGAACAUAAGAACAUUGAGGUGGAACAGUAUUUGGAACGGUGCUCAUAUGUUGAUUUCCAAGGCUUUGAGGCAACAACAAAGCAAAAUAUUGAAAAGUUUCAGUCCAUUAAUCAAUUUCUACGGCCCAAAGCUCAGCCCUAUUUUCAAGCUAGAUCUGCGCUGGAAGCCAUAAAUGCCAACUACUGCAGAGAGAUUGAUGCUACUCUGAAAGCAUGUAGAGAAGAAACAAAGGAACUGAUUCUACAGUUAGAUAUGUUAGAAAAAGAUCAAAAAUCCUGUGGUGUUGCUAAUAUGUCACGAGAAGAAAACCAUAAGCUAAGAUAUAAACUGGAAGCAACCGAACAAGAUACAAAGGCCACACUUUUUUUAAUAAAGAGCCCAGCAUUCAAAAUAUUGGAAUCAUUGUGAUCUUCAGAGCUUCAGAU